UUGAAAUGUGGAUUGCUCGAUUGAGAAUAACUCAGUCUAACAUGAUUUCUGUUUUCUCCACAGCUUUGAAAAACCCUAGCUCAGCCAGUGUCUGAGUAGUGAAUAUUGUGUGUGUGUGUGUGUGUGUGUGUGUGUGUGUGUGUGUGUGUGUAGGCUAAAAUGGGUCUGUCACUGUCUGGCUGGCUGGGUGGUAUCCCAGCCAAGAUGAAGAAGGAUGCUCCCUCCUCUUCCUCCUUCCUCCCGCUGUCCAUCCCUACCUCCUCCCGCCUUUCACUCCUCCUAAACUCCUCUCCCGUUGACCCUGGAGACCCCCGGUGCCGCUGGAGCCCCACACACUGUUCACCUCACUUCCUGCUGUCCCAGUGCGGGGAGGAAGUGACACGCGCACCCACCCAGCAGAUCAGCGACGGGGCUCGGGGGGAGAAGGGGGAAAGGGGAGGAAUGCACGUCUGGGAGGUGCUCUGGUGCCCCACCCACAGAGGAAGUCACGCUGUGAUUGGUGUAUCCACGGAGCACUGCCCGCUACAAACCUCUGGUUACACUGCACUGAUGGGCGGAGACUCACAGUCCUGGGGAUGGGAACUCACAAAUAAUCAGCUAUGGCAUGCAGGGCAAGCCCUGGGGAGAUACCCCGGGGAGAGAGGGGUGCAGGCGGAAGAGCAAUCUGUGUCCCCCCCUCACCCUGUCCCAGAGCGCGUGCUGCUGGUUCUGGACGCGGACACAGGAACUCUGGGAUAUGUAGUAGAUGACUGCUUCCUGGGCAUGGCCUUUAAGGACCUCCCCCAAGGGGUGGAGCUUUUCCCGGCCAUCAGCAGCGUAAGGGGUGGAGCCUUCAUACGACUACGCUACCUCAACGGAGCUACCUGUGAGCCUCCUGCACUGAUGGCUCUCUGUGGUCUGUCCAUCCAUGUGUCCAUGGGGAAAGAGAGAGAGACUCAGACAGACAGACUACCUCUGCCUCCUCCUCUUCAACGCUACAUCCUGCCCAGCAUGUGACACACACACCCACAAACUAUAGAGUAAAUAGGAAAGUUCUCACUGACCCAAUGUCCAUAUACUGCUAAAUUAAAGAACAGUUUUUAAUUGAAUUAUGCAGGUCAUCCAGAAAAUAAAUGAGCCUCUCUGUAUUUUAGGGACCAAUGAGUGGUUUGUGUAACAGCAAACCAUCAUUGGACAGUGCUGGACGCAUUGUGAUGUUAGCUCCUCUCUGGCCUGGGACAUCCACGGUUGCUCUCUGUCCAAUCACAUUUCUUCCCCCCCGUCGUGUUUUUGCCAGGUUGAAUCCAACUUCAUCCACAAAGAUGAAUGUAUGUGCAGUUUGCCUGUCUUCCAUCUCCAUUACUCUCUAAAAUACAGUAAAUCCACAGUUUUACAGUACUUUACAUUAUGCAUAGCUGUGUAUAUACCCUGUUAUUGAACAGACAUCUUACCUGGACAUAUUGAUACCAGAGUUCUUUCACACAUUCACUGUUUCUCUCAAAAGGUUCAGUGUACAACUGCUUCAUCCUUAUUUUAUGUUUCUCUAGGACUCUGGCAAUUGUCGUUGUGCUGACCGUAUUCACAUUCCCAAAAGUGAUAUUGUCUGCCAGCACCCUGUCCCGAAUUUCCCGCAGUUUUAUUGCAGUGUUGCCAAUUACCAUGGCAAUUUCCUGCGCAUCUGAUAAUAUUCUACCUCUCCCUCCUGUGGGAGGCAACCUUUGGAUCCUACUGAAAAACACAAAACAAUCAAUAUA